CUGCGCUUCGUCGGACUCACUUGUUCCUUGUUUACAUCAGAGGAAAGACACGACCGAAGCGAGAAUUAUUGUUUUUCUCUCUUCGAUAAGGAAAAGCGAAUGAGAUAGGUGCCUGAUAUAGGAGGCAAGAUGCCGCAAGGUGGUGAAGAAGUGUUUUCAAAUCCUCUGGCACCGCCAGGGGAAACCUUAGUUGAAGAAAGGCCACAGCGUCUCACAAAUGCUGACUUCCGAAAGUUGUUGAUGACUCCCCGUGCUCCUGCGGGGAGUCAGAAAGAACCUGUGUCUUCAGUAGGCGCAAAGACCUCCAGUGCAGAACCACCAACACAGAGAAGAGAAAAUAAAGAUGAUGUACGUGCAGCUGAAAGAAAAAAGAAGAAAAGCUAUUAUGCCAAGAUUAAGAAGGAAGAGGAGGAGAAAAUGGCAGAGCUUGCCGAGAAGUAUCGUGACAGAGCAAAGGAAAGGAGAGAUGGAAAGAAUCCAGAUUACCAGGCAGAGGAUCCAUCUCAGGCUGGCAUGGGAGGUUACCGUGCUGUGGCUCCUGACCUCAAAUCUGGCCUGGAUGCAGCUGAACGAAGGAAACAGAUGAUCCAGGAGUCUAAGUUCUUGGGUGGUGACAUGGAACAUACCCAUUUGGUGAAAGGCCUGGAUUAUGCUUUACUGCAGAAGGUCCGUUCUGAGAUCCAGCUGAAGGAAUCGGAGGUGAUGGUUGAAGUGGAAAAGCCUGCUGAAGGGACAAAGGAGAAGAAACCACCACCUGUUCAGCCUCCGAUGCCUCCGCCUCAGGAAGAAGAUGAACUAACUUUCAAGACCAAUGUUGGCCGACGAAUCUUCAAUGCAGUCUUCAACUCUAAGCAGUCCGAUUUUGUAGAUUUAUUUCUGCCAGGUCGCAUGGCUUAUGCUAUUGACCUUGAUGAUGAAGUUGCAGAAAGUGAUAUUCCAACAACCAUUAUCCGCUCAAAGGCUGAUCUUCAGGGUAUUGAGAACAUGCAAGCAACGUUUACAACUAACGACAUUGUGAUUCAAAAGCUGACACAGAUUCUAUCAUAUCUCCGUACUGGAAGAGCAAAUAAGAAGCAAAAGAAAAAGGAUAAAGGCAAAAAUGAAGCUGCUGGAAGACCUGGUGCAGAUGACAGUAUUUAUGGUGACAUUGGAGAUUAUGUCCCCUCUGUUGGGAAAGCAAAUGACAGAGAGAAAGACCGAAGUGAUAGAGACAGAGACCGUGAGAGAGGAAGAGACAGGGAUCGUGACCGUGAGCGUGACCGAAGGGACCGUGACAAGGACAGGGGAGAUCGAGAUCGGGACAGGGAUAAGGAUCGGAGGGAUAGAGACAGAGAUAGGGACAGGGAUCGGGAUCGAGACAGGCAUGAUCGUGAUCGAGAUCACGAGAGGGACCACAAGCCUCGUUCAUACUUUAGUCGGUCUGCACAUGAGGAAGUAAAGAAUGAGAUGCGAGCAGCAGAGGAAAGGUUGCAGGGUCAGUGGCCUACUUCAGCUGAUGCAAAGAGUGAAAAGAUUCCAUCUCAGGCCCCACAGGGAGCACCACAACAGCAAAGUUCCCAACAAGUACCAUCACAUCCAAUGCUUCCACAGCAACAGCAGCCUCCACAGUCGAAGGUGAGCAGCUUGCUUCAGAGUGACGACUACUACACAGAAUGCUAUCCAGGCAUGGCAGAGAUGCAGGAUGCCAUAGAUGAUUCUGAUGAUGAGGCUGACUACACAAAGAUGGAUAUGGGUAACAAGAAAGGUCCAGUUGGGCGCUGGGAUUUCGACACACAAGAGGAGUACAGUGACUACAUGAACCAGCGAGAAGCCAUGCCUAAAGCUGCCUUCCAGUACGGAGUGAAGAUGGCUGAUGGAAGGAAGACAAGGCGUAUAGGAGGAAACAAAGAGAAGGACCGCAAUGCUGAGCUGAACAGGGAGUGGCAGCAGAUUCAGCAGAUUCUCAAGAGACGCAAAGAUACCGAUGCCAGUGGUGGCGGCCCGGAGAAGGCCCCUAGGUAUGACUACUAAAAAUCAUGCAGUCGUGUAUAUUUUCAUGAAGAUAGCUAUGUAUCUUUAGAAAGAAGCAUAAUUGUUACAAGAAAAGUUUUAAGUAGUGUGCUAGCAUUGCACUUACGAAUUUGCGUACAUGAAUACAUUGUAAUACUGACUUCAAUUUUCACUUAUUGUCUUGGAUUGUUAUGUUGUGGUUACCAGGAGAGAGAAUUUUAAAGUCCUACAGAUUAGAUAUAUGAGUAAUUGAACUAUUAAGAUAAUAGAAAAUACUAUUUUAAAACAAGAAAUUUUACUGCUUAAGGAAGUACAAAUACAAGAGUAGAUUUUCCCAUUUAAUGAUACUGUAUAGAUUGCAUCUUCCUAAUUUAUUAUUAUUAUGGAAAAUCACUAUAUUUACUGUUAUAUAAAAUAAACAUAAGUAUAGUAUGCAUAAAUGUGAAUGCUAAAUUUCUUUUCUGAAGUUGGUUUGAAUAGUAAUUUCAGGCAUUAGCUAUUCAUUAGGUUUCUAAAAAUCUGCAUCUUGAAGUGGUCAGUAAAAAAUAUUGUUUUGCUGUACUGAUUUUUCUUCAUUGUAUUAAUAAAUAUCAAUCAUCUU